GAAGAUCUUUCUCUGCCGAAAAUAGCACCCUUCCCCACAGGGCCCCCAAUAAGCAGGCUGCAAAUAAGCCUUACUGGACGAGCCCUGCGUGCGCCUUCCCGGAUGAUGCAGUCCCGACCGACAAGCAGUUGUGGGGCCAGCACCAGCCUGGUUCUGGGCAAUCUACAGUACAGCGUCAUUACGGUAGUGGCAGAAUCAUCCAAGGCGUUUCGAGGUGGACAACACAACAGCACCCACAUCAACACCACGCGCCCAGCUAGCAAUGAACACUCUGGCCUCACUGUCCCUACUGCCAUAAGAGCCUCUUUGCGCUUUCCGGCUUGACCUCUAUUGCGCCUGGGAGAGUCGACACGUUGCUUAACGGGCGGAGAGCUAACCCGGGCCCUGGAAUUUCCCCAAAAAACCACGCCUGCAAACAAUAUCUCCAGUAUGGCGGCUUCCGUGGAUCCUGCGACUAGGAAGAGGGUACUGAGGGUCGUAUUCAUAUCUCUGCUGCUAGAUCUGGUCAGCUUCACCUUUAUUCUGCCAUUGUUUCCAUCUUUGCUUUCCUACUAUCGAGAUCUUGAAGCGCCGGCUCAAUUCAGCUCUGCGAAUGGGUCCCCAUCGAUACUUGCACGCAUCCUCACGUACCUCAAUGCCUACAAAGCCUCCUUUGCCAGACCAAUCGACUCAAGAUAUGACAUAGUCCUCCUUGGCGGAGCUUUGGGAAGCCUGUUCUCAAUUCUCCAGGCCCUCGCCUCUCCCAUCAUUGGGACAAUGUCCGACCGAUACGGCCGUCGAACCGCUCUGCUCACCAGCAUGGCUGGCAACAUCCUCAGCGUCCUCCUCUGGGUCUGCGCGACUGACUUCCGAACCUUCCUCCUCUCCCGAAUCGUGGGCGGUCUUUCGGAAGGCAAUGUCCAGCUUGCCAUUGCAAUUGCUACAGAUAUAUCCGACGAGAAGCAACGGAGUUCUACAAUGGCGCUUGUGGGGAUAUGCUUCAGUAUAAGCUUCACAUUUGGUCCGGCUUUAGGAGCAUGGUUGAGCACGAUCAACUCCGUGAAGGCCAAUCCAUUUGCGACUGCAGCUGGAUUUUCUCUGUUCCUGAUCGUGACGGAGACGAUAUACCUCUAUUUGUGUCUGCCGGAGACUCUCCCGAGCAAGGUGGCUUCCGCAAAGCUCAAUGGAGCACCUGCUGCGACAAACGGCCUUACGAAACCGACAACAAGAUCUGCCACGAACGCCACACAAGUAGAGCUCGUAUCCUCAGAAACGCCUCAUGUUGGAGGGAAAACCGUCAGAAGAACAAACUCGCACUUCCUUCUGAACUUCACCCACCUGGCAUUCAUUCUGUUUUUCUCGGGCAUGGAGUUCUCUCUUCCAUUCAUGACCUAUGAUCUUUUCGGAUACACUUCCGCAAAGAAUGGUCGUCUUCUUGGAUAUAUGGGUUUAGUGGCAUCUCUCCUCCAAGGGGGCGUAACAAGGAGACUCUCUCCACUCCUUUCCGUCCGCGUUGGUGUUGUGUCAUGUCUCCUUGCUCUCCUGCUCCUUGCUCGAAUCAACACCAUUGGCGGACUGUACGCAGCUACAACUUUACUAGCAGUCACAACAGCAACGGUAGUCACCGGACUAAACGCCUUGAGCAGCUUCGAAGCAGGCGAGAACGAGCGGGGUGGAAAACUUGGAAAUUUGAGGAGUUGGGGGCAACUGGGCAGAGGUGUUGGCCCGCUACUUUUCACGAGCGUUUACUGGUGGGCUGGGAGAGAGGUUGCGUAUACGAUUGGUGGGAUGGGUGUUUUGGCUGUGAGCAUGAUUGCUUUCUUUGGGUUAAAAACGCCGUUAGGCACGGAAGGGAAAAGGGUUAAGGAUGUGAAGGUCGAUGCUGGAGAAUUGUAACUAUGCUAUUAUGGGCUGGGCUGGGAUGUUUUAUUUGGCAAUAGGUUCCUUGGAUAGGAGGCGCGGUGGGGAUGGUAAAGAGUUAUAUGUGGCCCAUGCACUGUAUAUUGAAGAGGAAGGAGGAAUGACAAGUUAUGAUUCCAGAACAUCCUCCUCGAUCUUGAGAGAUUGUGGCUCAUCAAACCCGGAAUCUUGUUUUCGGCAGAUACGAAAAAAGGCAAAGUCGAAGAAUUGAGCAGCUAUGAAUGAAUGUUUAACGAC